AUGGAUUUAUUUUCUGGAUAUUGGCAAGCAGAAGCACUACGCCGUCAGCCAUCUAGAACUCGAGUUGCUCCUUCUCGGCAAACUUAUGAGUCACGUCGUCCUCAAUUACCCCGUCGCAAAACUGAUAUCAGGAGAACAGAGGAUAACAGGCCAGUGUGUUAUCACUGCGGUCGUCCAGGUCAUGUAUACCGACACUGCCGUGAAAGACAGACAUUUCAAGACUAUAACCCGCGACAAAGAGAGACGAUCAUUUCAGACGAAGGGAUUAGUCCCAGUAGUCAACUUAGUUCGUCGCCCCAAUUUGAAGAACGAAGACGAUCACCAUCCCCAUAUAGGCGUAGAAACAGAUCACCCUCUCCAUACAGGCGUUCUAAUCGCUCCCCAUCUAGGCGUUCAAUGGAAAACUAG